AUGAUGAAGAAAUCUACACGUCAAGCCCGAAUGUCUCGGUACGUAGGUAAGCAUUCGCCAAAGAUCGCGACUCCAGAUGAAGGCAACAACAAUAACAACAACAGCCCCGGCAAGGGAAGGAUCGCAACUGCUGCAAAGCUAGCGGCAAGCGGUGAUGAGGAGAUGGCUUUGAGCGAUCUUCCUUUGUUUAUCGUGGAAAAACCGAUCAACUACGACGAAACAUCGGCGGACUGUGAGGACGAGGAUGACAAGUCGGUGGUGAAGAAGCUGGUCAACAAUGAGACCGCCGGUGAGGAAGGAGAUGGUGGAGAGUCGGGCAGUGGCACGGAUGCAACUUUAUCCUCCGCCGGUGGUUCAUCAUCCACGUCCAAGCGUGGUCGAAAACGUCAGGAACGGAAGCUGUAUCAGUGCGAAGUUUGCCAAAAGGAGUUUAUGGGUACGAACGAUUUGCGCAAACAUUUGCGAAUACAUAAUGACGAACGGCCGUACCCGUGUCCGCACUGCAAGAACCGCUUCCGGCAGGCGGGAUGUCUGAAGAACCACAUCGCUUCCCAGCACGGCACGGACGAACAGUAUACGUGCGAUCUUUGCGGUAAAUCGUUCCCGAUCAAGGAGCGGUUACGGUUGCAUAUGCGCAUCCACACGGGGGAAAAACCAUACAGCUGCUCGAUAUGCCCGAAAACCUUCGCACGUGGUGGACAGCUAACGCAACAUCUUGCCACACACAAUGGUGUGAAGAAGCACAAGUGUGACCAGUGCACGGCCGCUUUCUCCUGUGCGGCCAACCUGAAGAUGCACCUUAAAAGUCACAUGGACAUACGCGACUACACGUGCCAUAUUUGCGGCCGGGGAUUCUAUCGGCCGGAUGCGCUGAAGAAGCAUCUGCUCUGCUACCAUGCGAAUCUGAAAGCGUUCCACUGUAACAUCUGCAACAAAAUGUUCAAGGGACAUUUGCCGCAACACAUGCGUACGCAUCUGAAGGUCCGCCCGCACGGUUGUGCCGUAUGUGGUUCGGUUUUCUCGCAACGAUCACAACUGAUCGUUCAUCAGCGCAUUCACAGUGGCGAGCGUCCUUAUCGGUGCCAGGUUUGCUGGCAGGCGUUCGCUCACUCAAGCGUGCUAAAGUUGCACAUCCGCAAACAUACGGGCGAAAAACCGUUCGAGUGUCCGCUGUGUGUGUCGAGCUUCUCGCAGCUACCGCAUUUGAAGAAGCAUAUGCUCUCUAUUCACCAGCAGGACAAAUCGUACCUUUGUAAAAAGUGUAAGGAAUUUUUCAAAACCAAGAUGGACUAUCAGCUGCACGUAACAGCAUGCUACAAAGAUCCGGCAGCAUUGAAGAAUCUCGACAAUAUGAUGGACCCCAUGUAUCGACCGACGGAGACAAACGGCAUUGAUCCACCGAUGACCAUUUCGCGCAUGCGGUUUCUGGUGGCAAUUCUGCUGAAGAAAAUUUCCAGCGAGGAUCGGCUGAAGGAGCUGGGCUUCGAUAAGCGACUGAUCGAUAACGUUCUAAUCGAUUCGCUGAAGUGCGCUGGCCGCAAGGUUUGCGACGACAAGUCAUUUGAUCCACUGGAACGGUUGAAGCUAAACGUACAGGAGCUGCUGGAAUGGACCGUACCACCAAACUACAUGGAAGAAUUCCGUGGUGCCAAUCGCAGCACUGAGGAACUGCUUGAGGAACUCACAAACUAA